AUGGAGUUUGACGCUAUCAUUCGAUCAUUUUAUAAAAAGCAUUGGCAAAUUAUUGCAUCACAGAUAAGAUCAGUGAAUGAAAUACAAUGUCCUAAACGUGGAUUUCUUUUUGAUUGUGGUGUAACGAACAAAGAAACUUUGAUAGAUUUGCUAACAAAACUCAAAGUAAACAAACUCAUUAGCAAACAAAUUAUCGUUGCGGCUGUGAAAGAAGAUUUUUUCAUCCUCAACAUUGAGAAAUUCUAUCAAAAAGAUUCACACAUAUUCGUUGAUGUGUCAGGGAGUUUGGAAAAGCCUGGGAAUUUUAAAUUAAACGAUUUUAACAUUGAAAAACAUUUGGAAGUUAUUAGAAAGCAAAUAAUUUCAUUCGAAAACGAUUUAUUUGUUGAUUUGGAAAUUUCUGAAGAAUAUUGUGUGCCAACAAUUUUCGGAUAUUUAAUUAACUAUCCAGUUCUGUAUUAUUACAAUGACGAAAAUGACAGAAAUUGUUUAAGUUUAGUUGACCUUAAGGUCUUUCAAAUCAUUAGAGAUGAUGAGAUAUUAAUAUCUUUCUCAAUUCCUUGUGAGAUCUUUGAUCAAAACAAAGAGAUCCAAGAAAAAAUCUCAUUUUGGCUUCACCACUUUCAAAGCCAUGAUGAAUUUGAAGUUAAACAAUUCUUCACUAAUAAUCCAAUCAUCAUAUUACACGAAAGAGAUGAAGAAGCGAGAGCCUUUUUUGAGCAAGCAUGUGAGAAUGAUCACCGAAAUCUUCGUGCAUAUCAGAAUCUCCAAAACAUCAAAAAUAAAAUGGCAAGAUGGCAUUUUAAAAUGCUAAAUGAUUCAUCUCGUAAUCUCAGUUUCAAACGUGCAAUUCAGUAUUGGAUAAAAAAUGGUGAUGGAAUUAUCGACGUGAUGGAUAUUGGAAGUGGAACAGGAUUAUUGUCAAUGUAUGCAACGAAUGUUGCUAAAGUCAAAACUAAAGUGAAAAAUAUUUAUGCUAUAGAGUUUAGUCAAAUUAUGGCUGACAUUUCAGCUGAAAGUUUAAGUACAACAGAAAUAUUAAUGAACGAUAUGUUUCUUGAAUAUUUGUUUCUUGGAAAUCUUCGAUUGAUUAGUAAACGUGAUGAACCUUACGAUGCCGAUUAUGUGGAGAAAAUUUCUGAUUUUAAACUAGUCACAAAAACAGUGGAAACAAUCGAAGUUAAUUUUAAUAAUCUCGAGUCGAUGGAAAAAUAUUUCAAUGGGAAAAUUAUCAAAGAAUGUCAACUUGAAAGUGAAGUUAACAAUGAUUACAUUGACGGAUUUGUUGUUUGGUUUUCACUUUAUUUAAAUGAAAUGGAACCUGAAAAUAUCAUCUCAACGAAACCAAAGUCAGGAUCAUGUUGGACGCAAGCAAUUUUCAAAUUAAAACAAAGAGUAUUACUUCAAAUGUAUCAAAUUGUUAAGAUCUCAGUUUCAUGUAAAGAAGGUGUAUUGAAAAUUGAUCGUGAUCUUGACAUCAAUUCAGAUUUAGUCGAUAUUGAAGUCGAUUCAAACAUUUUGAAAUUCCUUAACGAUGAAGAAUAUCUGCAAGAGUUGGAAUUUUCUGUUAGUAAACAUAAAAGCAAAAUUAUCAACUGUUUAGACUUCUCAGUAUUUCCUUAUGUCGGCUUGGUGUUACUUAAAGAAGGACGAAUAGAAAAGCUUUGGUGUCGAAAAAAGGACGAACUUCUUGUGAAAGAAAUCGCAUCAAGGAAUGUCAUCAAAGAAUCAGGUUUUGAAUUUAUUGAUGAAUCAAUGAUUGAUCGACUUAAUAUUAAAUUUGAACUCAUUAUUCUUCAUCCAUUCCUUUCGCUUGGAGAUUUGGAUAAUCAAAUGGUUUGUAAUUUUGCGAAAUAUCGAAAGCUGCAAGCUGACGGUGGUCUUCUUAUUCCAAAUAAAGUGACGCUUUUCGGUGAACUUAUCAACAGUGAUUGGCUCAUCAGCUCAUGUCGUAUAACUGACGCUGAUGUGAAACGGUUAAAAAUCGAUAAAUUCAUCAAUCAAUUUGCGACAGAAGUUCAUCUCGAUCUUGACAAUUCAUUAGAAUGUGAGAAGCUUACGAGUGCUUUUAAGAUUUCCGAAAUUUCCCUCGACGAUGAACUUCACGAGUCAAGUCUUGAAGUGCCAUUGAGAAACACAAACCUUCCUAUUCACGCAAUUUUCUAUCAUCAUAAAAUUCAAUUGACAAGAGCGACCAAUGAUUUCGUGACUAAUCGAAAAUCUAAAACUUCAUGCUUUAAAAGAACGGCUCAAGUGCUUAACAGUGAGCUUAUCAUUGAUGGUGCAACUGUAAAAAUUUCCUUUACCCAAAACUUUGGAAUUGUAAAAUGUGAUGUCUUGACAACUUGUUGA